AUGGACUAUGCAAAGCUGAGGGACGCCGCCCUCCAGCACGGCGAGGACGAGGAGGCUGUGACUGUCGACACCCGCGCCCUCAUCGACAAAGUUCUGGCCCGGUAUUCCGGCGAGUGGACGACACUUCGAGAACUGAUACAAAACGCUGCCGACGCCCAAGCGACGACGGUCAAGGUCAAGUGGGAGACGCACCCAUCUACAUCUGUGCCCCUACCAGCAACCACAAAUCAGACUGAGCUCUUGAAACACGUCAUUACAAACACCACAUUGAGGAGGCUGUUGGUGACAAACGAUGGACAACCAUUCAACAAGAACGAUUGGGCUCGGCUCAAGCGUAUUGCCGAGGGCAACCCCGACGAGACCAAGAUCGGAGCGUUCGGAGUAGGAUUCUACAGUGUUUUUGCCGACUGCGAGUCACCAUUUAUCAGCUCUGGCAAUGAGGCUAUGGCAUUCUAUUGGAAGGGAAAUGCUCUUUUUACAAGGAAACUGCAGCUGCCAGAGGGUCAGGGCAAUGGAGAAACUACGUUUGUUCUUGACUACCGGAACGACACCACCGCACUGCCGAAUCUGCUCUCGGUGGCCCAGUUUCUGGCCACAAGUUUGACGUUUGUCGCUCUUCAACACAUAGAAUUUUGGAUCGAUGAUUGGAAGCUUCUUUCUUUGCACAAGAAGACCUCCCCCAGCAUUGAAGUCCCUAUCCCUCGAGAGCUCGAGACUCGGACUAAGGAUGGGCUCAUGAGACUCACCACUGUGGAACGCGUCAGUACCCAGAUUGACGCAACAGCCAUGAGUGUGCUCGGGUGGAAGCCCAAGGCUGCAUCAGCGGCGAAAUCAAACGACACAUAUGGCUUCAACUCGUCAGACAUGCCAUCGCUACGAAGUUUCUUCAGCCGCCUCACUUCGACGGCGUCACAGAGCGGCAUUCGUGGAAAACAAACCAAGGAAGAAAAGCAGACAUCGGAGACUGUGGUUGAGGACUUGACAAGCACUUCAACCUCAAGUGUCUUCCUUCGCGUUACAUCAGCAGUAAUCACUACCAGUGUACCAACAUCUUUCGCAGCCGAAUUGGAACGUGCAACCAAGAAACCUCCACCUAGAACCACAAAGCUUUCAAUAUUGACGUCGUCAUUUGACGAAGCGCAAGCAUCCAAGAACUCCAACGAUGAGUCAAAGAACACUGUGGACGUUUUUACUUCCGUUCUACCUAGCAAAAAACCCGGCGGUAAAAUUUUCAUUGGCUUUCCCACCACUCAAACCACCGGUGGUGGCAUGCACAUCUCAGCGCCGUCCGUCAUACCGACUGUGGAACGUGAGGCCAUUGAUCUCAACGCUCGAUGGGUGCGUAGCUGGAAUAUUGAGAUGCUUCGCGUUGCAGGUAUCAUGACGCGACUGGCAUUUUCAACAGAAAUGGCCGAUUUGCAAACAAAGGUACAAAGGGCGGUUAACGGAGCCCAAAUUACUGCUGCAGACAUAGCAAAGUUCAUACCGGAAGCGCUCCACAUUCUCGAGACAUAUACCUUCAGAGAUUCUACUCCAAGCCAAUAUGUCGCCCAAAUUAUCAAGGAGUCAUUCUGGACCGCGUUCAAGAAGGCCUAUAUUGAGGUAUUCUCAAGUCGUGGUGUGCUUCUCAGCACAAAGGUGAGGAUGGGCUCUGAUGAGCUGGCAAAGUUCGUAGAUGGCAUCCCUAUUAUUGUCAAGGAAAUGGAAGGGGCGCCAUUCGUAAGAGAAUUGCGAGAGUACGGUUUGAUCGAUGAGAUAACUGUUACAGAUAUUGGCAAAGAGUUGGAGGCGAAGGCCCUCAACAAAGAUCAGCUCGUUCACUUUUUAACUUGGGCAGGCAAACGAGCUGUCACUGGCGAGCUGGACCCUCCCAGCAGACAGGCCUUGCUUGACGUAGCAAUCGCGACCAUUAGUGACAGUGGUGACCAGGGCGAAGUAAUUGCCCUGACCACUAUCAGGAACUAUCUGAGCGCCAACAAGAUUCCAGCGAGCUUACCGCUCCCACCGACGACUUUGCCAUAUGCGUUGACUUGCAACAUUCCCGCAGCGCACCUUGAAAUGCUUGGAUGGGAAAAGCUGGAGAUUGUGCCUUGGCUCAGAUUUCUGCUUGAGAGUGCCGGCUCGAAAGAUGACGAACAGAAUAUUACCAAGUCGGCCAAAUUUGCGGCACAAAUUCUCGUCGUGCUAUCCAAAAAUUGGGAGAACUUGAGCCAGCCGUCCAGGAACUCGGUCGUUUCUCUACUGCAGAACAAGACCGUUGUACCCACAAAGAUGGGGAUGAAGAAGCCGUCGGAGUCUUUCUUUCCCACUGUAAAACUCUUUGAUGAUCUGCCGAUUGUUCAGGGAUGUCAAGGAGUCAAGGACAAGUUCUUGGUGGCGAUAGGUGUCAGGAAGACGCUGGACCUCGAGACGAUUUUCACGCGCCUCCUUACUCCUGAAAAGGAGGGCUCAUCAAAAUGGAGUCAUAUGGAGCUUAUCAAGUACCUUGCGUCGGUCAGAGAUGAUAUUCCGGCAGAAGAUUUAAGGAGGCUUAAGGAUUCGAAAAUCUGCCCGGCCGAGGCAGGCCCAGCAGGCAUGGAGCCCACCAAGGGUACACACCAGCUGUUCAAGGUCUCGGAACUUUUUGAGCCCAAGGAUACAUUACGCACUCUCAAGUUACCAAUACUUCAAUGGCCAGGUCCGCCUGGGAGCUUCAGGGCGAGCAGCCCUGAGGGACGAUUUCUCUUUAGUCUGGGACUGAGGCCCCAUCCUUCAGUGCCCGAGCUUGUGGAGAUGAUGGCCUUGGAUGACGCAUCUAUGAGGGCUAGCUCAAUGACCUACUUCAUUGCCAAUCACCACAUCAACGGGUAUGCAUCUUUCAACAUUGGGGCGACCAAAAGGGCAAUAUUACCUAUUCAAGGCAAUGAGAAAGCUUUGGUCCCACCAUCUGAGUGCUACGCAGAUGAGGGUGGCGCCGUAUUGGGCUUUAACAUUAUUGCCAAGAACCUGCAAGUUCACGCAAGCAAGUUUGGUGUGGCCAGGGAUCCUCCGAUAACGGUAUGCGUGAGCAAACUCGUCAGCAAGCCCCCUCAUGACCGGCAGUCGGCCAUGACACUGUUUAGGUACUUCGCGACUCGACUAGGUGACCUGGGUGGGAAUCAUCUUGCGAAACUCCGAGAUUCCAACAUCGUACCCGUAACGAGGACUGAACGGGGCAGCCUCAAGGGGAACAGCACUGUAGUUAUGCUCAAGCCACAAAACUGUUACUUGGGCAGCUCCUCUACUUACAGCGACAUAUUCGAUUUUGUCGAUUUCGGUCCCGAUGCCAACGCUUUCCUGUUCAAGUGCGGCGCCAAGAGCGAGCCGACGAAACCGGAAAUUGCCCAGAUGGCGUGCAGCGAACCCGCUCGCCUUCUCAGCAUCUUGCAAAGUCCUGAAAAGUACCUCAAUUUACUGAGGACUCUUGCCGAGGACAUGGCCACCAUCAAAAGAGAUAGGGAACUUUGGGCCAAGAUGAAGGUGUCUGCUUUCCUGCUCGCCUCCAAGGAGAUUGCAUCCACAAAAUCGGGCAAGGACAUGGAUGCCGAUGAAGAUGAGGCGCCUAUAAAGCAGUACCAAUUGGCCGCUCCUGGCCAGAUUGUGGUCGUGGACGAUUAUAUCAGUUACCGACUUUUCAAGGACUCGUUGAUGUGCGCUCCCGAGGAAGACGCACUGGAAAACUUCUAUCUUGCGCUUGGGUCGCAGAUGCUAGGAAACUUGGUUCAGGAAGAUCUUAAAGUCGGACCUCACAGCGAGAAACAAGAAGGGGCUGUUUGGCUGCGCAAGCACGUUCUCGAGCGCUCCAAGUUGUUCUUGUACGAGUACACCAAAACCAACAACCAUGCCAUCAAGCAUGACGUAAAGUGGCUCGAGAAGAACCUGAUGGUUGAGGUCGUUCGGAAUGUCGCACUUCGAAGAUCGCUUCGUGGACAAACCCAGUCGCAUAUGGAGAAGCGGUCUGCAGCUAGUGUACAGACUCGCAACGGAUGGGUUCUUUAUGUUGCUGCAGAGGGGCGACCUGACAUGUACCAGGUCGGCCAAGCGGUAUGCCACCUGCUACUGACACGCCCAAACCAGCAAGCUUAUUUUUUCUUCGAGCCGUUCCUAAAGCUUGACUUGCUGGACCUUCGUGCCCGUGGUUACAAUGUGGACCGUAUUCUACGAGCAAAAGCGGCAGAGGCUAGGAUUGCAGAGGAGGAGCGACGAAAGGCACUCGAGGAGGAGCAGCAGCGCAUUCGUGAGCGGGAGCAGGAGUGGCGUCAGUCUGGGGCAGCUCAGGCAGAGGCUGCGGCCAGAAGCCAAAGGCCCAAAACACCUGAGCCACAAAUGCCUGGCUCCUUCGCGGUUGAUUCGCCAGACAGUCCCACUCAUUCACUCCCUCCUCCCCAGCAGGACACACGCAAGAAGGGCCAAGGACUUUUCUCGAACUGGUCCAAACGGUUGGGUUUUGAUCGAGAGAAUGACGAGAGUCACAAGCAACUGCAGAACUUGAUAGACCAGCCGAAAGCUCCAGUACCGCAAUCCGGGUCCGAGGUCGGCGCCCCCGGUCCAUCACAGCCACCCAAAGACGACGGGCGUGUUACUUCUCCCGCAGUCGUUCAGCAGAAUCUUCUCAAUGCCAUCAACUCUACGAGGGCGCACGACUCGAGGACACUGUUUUCACCACCGCAGACUAAAGAGGUGAAAGAACAAGCAUCGUACUGCGACAGCACUGCUGCACAUGACCUCAGAUUUGUGGCCGAUGCUCCCCAAGGAAUGCGCGUCUUCGUCGCCAAUGACCUAUCCACAGACCAAGGGAAGUUUCUCGAGGCUCAUGGUCGAUCUAUCAAGACGUUUGAAGGCGUACUCCGUGACAUCGGGACCAUAUAUGGCCUCGCUCCAACAGUGUUACAUAUCUUCUACGAUGAAAGAGGCAACACCAUUGCCUUCAACAGUAAUGGAAGCGUGUUUUGUAACCUGCGUUUCUUCCUUCAGCUGCAUUCUGAACGGAUGGGGUCCGGCAACGCCAGGACCGAGGCCACGACGUGGUGGUGGGUUGUCAUAGCCCAUGAGCUUGCCCACAAUCUAGUCCAGCCACACAACUCGGACCACAGCUACUACACCGAGUCUUUCAUUCAGCAAUUCUUCCCCAAGAUGAUGGCCAAGGCAGCACAGUGGAACAGUAGUGCUCCUGCGCCCGCUGCCGCUGCCGCUGCCGCACCCCCUGCGAACCCAGGAGGCGAUGGUCAGCAUUCGUUACCACCGCCACCAGCAUAUAGUCAGCAGGCACCGGCGAGGAGCAACAAUCUCAUUGACCUUUCUUGA